AUGAGGCCAAAGCUGCUUUCUAGUGAUCUCCUCGACCUUGUUGCGUCUUACUUUAAUCUCAAAGAAAAGGAUUACUUUGGUUUGGCAUUCCUAGAUGAAACAAAUCACUUCAACUGGCUUCAGCUGGAGAAGAGGGUCCUCGAUCAUGACUUUCCAUCCAAAUCAGGUAUCCUUACCCUAUACUUCAGGGUGCAGUUCUUCAUGGAAAGCAUCAACCAACUCAGGGACAGUAUUACUAUUGAACUAUUCUACCUGCAGGCCAAAGAAUCAGUAUUCAAGGGUGAAAUAGAAGCAGACAGCGAGACUGUGUUUGAACUGGGAGCAUAUGUUUUACAAGCAACAGAAGGAGAUUAUACAAGUGACCAAAAGGCUCACAAGGUCUUGAAGAAACUACCUGUACUGCCUCAGUUUACGCUACGGGAACAUCCGUCUCUUGCCUAUUGCGAAGAAAGGAUUCUCUUCUACUACAAAAGACUAGGAGGACUCAGCUCGGGCCAGUGUAUUGUAUGGUGAGUGGAUUAAUUAUUGUUUUAAAAUCGUAUUAGCAGUUUUUCGCAAAGGGCGAUGGGAGCCACGAGUAUUGGGGGGGGGGGGGAUCAGUCUACUGCGACCGUACCCAAACGAACCUGUUUUGGUCAAAUUGCAGUUUCGCAGUUGUGGGUAUGGAAACACCAGUUGUAUACAUAAUGUCAGAAAUACCUGACUACUGUCAAAUUUCAACUGCUGUGCUGAGAUGGAUUCAAGAUAAAAAGUCACCGCCAUUCGAAAAGGCACAGUUUGCCAAUUCAAAAUUCAAAGGGUUUUCAUGAACUAAGAACUGUAGAAGUUGUAUAUACUUGUAUGUUAUACUUGAGCUUAGCUAGCGCUAUGCAUGUAGUUAGUAUGCACGCCAUGCAUGAGUCGUUUACUUUUUUGCCAGCAAUUGCAGCAACAGUGCUGAUUGGCCGAUUCCAUGCCGAGGUAUUGUGGCUGGAAUGAACGCUCGCUUGGCUCAGUACUGUUGUACGUUUUGGGGGUACGGGGGAAUUUCUCGUGAUAAGGGGAAAUCCUGCUGAGAUUUUCUGGACGAUCCGUUCCCUUCAUGCUUGCGAAAACCCGCUAUUGUGAGAAUAUGAUGAAACCUGUCUGUAAUGACCAUCCAAGGGAAACACAAAAUGUGGUCUUUAUAGACAGGUGGCUUCUAAAGACAGGUUCCUAUACACACAAUCUACUUCCAUGGAAAUCAAUUUUAGUGGUCACUUUAGUCAGGUGACUGCUAUAGACAGGUUCCUAUACACACUAUCUGCUUCCAUGGGAAUCAGUUUUAGUGGUCACUAUGGUCAGGUGGCUGCUAUAGAGAGGUGGCCACUAACACAGGUUUGACUGUAGCUAUUUAGGCCUAUUUGAUAAAGUUCAGAACUUUUUUUUAGUCUCCAUAAGUCAGUGACUUAAGUUGAAAAAAUGAGAAAGUCAUGGGUGAGUGACAAGUUGAUAGUGAAGAUGUGAUUCCUUAAAUCUGCAAGGUAUUUUGGGCAAGGAAUUGUGGAUAUUCAAAAACUGUUAUGAUUGUUAUAAAAUAAUGCAAUAGGAUGUAAUCAAUAGUUGUAAUGCCUACUCUUCAAAAUAAAUCAUUUGGAUAAGUCACAAAUCAACAAAUCAAAAGCAUGCAAUAUAGUAAAGUCUCACCCCACCUCUUCCAUUCAUUAUUAUCUCUUUUUGUACCCAUGGAAACAUGAAUUUGACAAAGACAAAGCUGCAUGUAUUUCCCUGUAGAUUUUACUUGCGCAAGGUUUAUUGUAUGUUAUUACUGCAGUGGUGUGUUACACCCCCAUCUGUUUCCUUGGUUGUGGUUCCUUAACCAUUCACACAAAGAGUUUGACGCAGUGUAUUCAGUUACGUCAGAUUCAUCAUUAUCACGCUUGUCCCGUUAAGAGUCACCUUUGGGAAUUUGAGCAAAACUUGUCACUUGCAAGGAAUUUUGGUGCUCAGCUGCAUAUUAAGAUGAUUAUGGAGCAGCCAUGCAUCUUAAGUUUGAUAAUAAGAAUAAGAAUUGUUGAAUUAAUAACAGAAGAAGUGAGAGGAGGAAUAUGUAAGUAGAGUUUCUAAUUUUGAAUGCAUCGUGUACAUGUAUGAGGUGUGAUGAGUGAAACUCUAUUGAUAAAUCUUUAUCGCGACUCCUCAAAGUAAUUUAGAGUAAAUAUUGGGACUGACCAGUGGCUAUUUCCGUUGGAUUUUUAGAGUUAGAGUAACAUAGAUGAGAACAAAGCUCUAGGUUAUAAAAGGAAUAUAUCGGCAUAUGUUUUGUGAAGUUCAGAUUGAAUUGUCUGUGCAGUGUUCCCACAGCUCAACAAGAACUUUCUUGAAAUUCACUGGCAUUCCUGGAAUCUUCAAGUUUGUUUUAAAACAAAAUUAGACAUAAAUACAUUGGGUCUGAGCUUAUUUGUAGUGACCAGAAAAAUAAUAAAGAAAAAAAAAUGUUAAAGACCUCUUUAGUCACACACUAUUUUUGAGCUUCAUAAUUUUAAAAAGCUCUUAAAAUGAAUUUAAUAUUGAAACUGGUUAAAUUUCAAUUCUCAAUUUCCUGUAAUUUCAUGGAAUUUUUUGACAUCCUGAAAAUUUUUCCAAAAUGAUCUGGAUUUGCCAGAAUUCAGGAAAUUUCCUUCCAAGUGGAAACACUGUGUGUGAAUGAAGCUUGCUGCCCCAAGUAAUUUCACUAAUUACUCUCGGAGUGCAAGACUGCAUCGUCUGUCUCCGGGGUUCACGCAAUCCGAUACGCUCAUCAUCUCAGUAGCAUCGGAGGCCGUUAUGGAGCAAACGAGAGGAUAAACAUCUCCAAGAAUGUCUCCGGUUGCUAGGUCGCUGUUUGCAUCUCGCAAGCCAACUCCCUAAACUGUUAUGUUUUCUUGCAUGAUGUAAGACAAGACGGGCACUGUUACACCUGGAAGUUUUAGCCAGCGUAUGCCGACAUGUGUAUAUGGCAAGCCAUUUUCUUAUUUAAAUGUAAAUAUAUUUCAUAUGAAUAAGAAAAUGGCUUGCCAUAUACACAAGUAAUUAUAUUUCUAAGUAUCAAGAAUUACCUUUUUAAACAACACAAAGUGGUUUCUUAUAACUUCCUGGCGGAUGUUUCACAAAGCUGUUCCUAAAGUAAGGAACGACUUCAUGCAUGACCGGAACAUUUUCUUUGGGGCUAUAACAGCUACAUGUACAUUGGGAUAUAUCAUUUUGCACAAGAAAGGGUCACCGGUCAUCCUUAAAGUUGUCCUAAAAGCUUUAUGAAAAUCCGCCAGGUGUGACAGUUCCUCAGCAUACGUCAAGCUCAACUGAUUAGUGCGUCAAUGCCAGACUUGACUCACAACCUUCUGUUUCUGCAGAAGACAGUCCAUCUUCAUCCCCCGAAGACACUAUAUUCCCACAGGAUUCACCAGGCAUCAGCCCUUGUAAUCAAAUGAAGAUGUCCCCGUGGUGCUACUUUAUCAUACACCCGAGUGCUUGGAUGCGAUUAUGUCUGGAACACCAUAUGUUCUUUGUUGUGCCUCGUUGAAGCAAACAUAAUACUUUUCAUUAUUCAUAUUUGUUAUCCAUUUCAAAUAUCAGCAUGGACUAGUGUCUUUAGGAUAAAGUACUAUUGGUGAAUUGCCAUGACAAAUGAUCUUUCUUGAUUGCGUGCCUACACUCUGAAGGCGUGUGAUGACCAGAAUGUACUUUUGUUCCGCUUUCGCAUGUAAAUAUAUGAUGUAAAUUUCACAAGGCAAUUCUUGAUGAGACUUAAGUGUACUAUCAACAAGGGAUUUUCCCUAACCUUUUGUGAAACGAUAGAAGAGAUUGUAUUUUGUGAGGAGAACAAAAAAAAAAGAAACAAGGAAAUAGUGUUCUUUGUAGAAUAAGUUCAUGGUUGAAGUUCAGGAUGUUUCACGAAGGGUUAAUUACUUUUGAGGAGGAAUUGGAUAAUAUUUCUGGUUCAAAUGCUAGCUUUCGAUACUUACUAGAAUAUUGAGACCGGGGGGGGGGGGGGGGGGGGGGAGUGGUAUGUGUAUAUGGGCUUCAUGUUCUCUCAACUAGUCAAGUAUACAUGUACAUCUUUAAUUUAUUGUUGAUAUUAACAUUUUGAUCAUUUAAUAAAAUUUAAGUACAAGUGCAUAUAUGUGAUUUGAAUAAUUCCACUCUCACUUGACCUUCAGGAAAAGAAUAUUUCCUCUAGAAAAGUAGAGCAGGAAAGGUUUUCUUAUCUGUUUUUAUAUAUAUGGCACAUGGUCAGAUUGGUUUCCGGUUGCAUUGGAUUUUCAAUGCCACAUAUGCAAUCAUCAAAAAACAAAUAAAAGAAAACAAAACAAAAGUUGCAAACUAUAGCAUUAUCAGAAGAGGUGUCCUGGCCUAGUAGAUACUCUCCAGAUCUGAAAUAUCACAAGGUUUGGUGGUUUGAAUCCUGCGACUGCACCAAUGUUCUUUUUGCAAGACGUAGAUCUAUAUUCGUCACACUUGACCCAGGUGAAGUAAAUGUAAGUGGGAAACCAUCAGGAAUAUAUAUUUUUUCAUAUCUGAUUUAUUUUGUUUUUGAAAAUGGAUCCAAACUAUUUCAAAAGGAUAUUUUUGUUUGUUUGAUAGGAGUUUC